CAACUUUCGCAGUCCAACGCCAAGAUUGUCACGGAUUCUCCGCAGUUUCUUGUGACCAGAUGAUUGAACAAACCGUAAAUCGUGACUCCAAAACCAAGGGAGGCAUUAUUGGUUUUUCAUUAAAUCGGUCGGCGGUCCACAGAUGGUUGUUAGCCCAAUCAGAAAGAGCCGCAAUUGCUAACAAAUGCAAGAGUAUGGAUGGUUCUAACAUUACUCCAAGGAGCCGCAAAGAUCUUGACAGAACUAAGUGUGCACUUAAUGAAAAAUUAGUGAAGAAUGUAAUGUCUGCAGUGUUGAGCAUGAACAAUCCGUUUGAUGUUGAGGAAGAAAAUUUGGUUGGUUUGGCAAGUGGCUUGGUGGUGGAAGAUGAGAUUGCAGAUAAACUCCUGGGGGCAGAAAAAAUAGGGGAGGAGCAGUUUAUUAAAUUUGCACGAGAUAAUCUUUUGAGUACAAAACCGGACAUUUUUGCAAAGUUCACCCGUAACAAGAUUUCAGAUCUUUUGUGCCAGAAACGGUCAAUUGUGUCAACCAGCAAAGGGAAAGAAAUCAAUUUAAAAAUGAACAGAGACCUAUUCGCUCGGCUAUUGAUGAUAGCUAAGACCCGUGAAAUUGACAUUGCAAAUGUUUUGUCGUACAGUCUUGGCACGUACCCGCUUUCCUUGGCAACCACUUCUGGAAGUCUUGUUAAAACAACCAAAUCCAAGUUAUUUGAAAUUUUUGAAGGUGACCACCUCACGUGCAAGUUUAAUGGAGAACACUGUGAUAACAAUGCACUCAUUGUCGAUGCCAUGGCUCUUAUCCAAACAAUGAAGAGCAAAUGGAAAACGUUUGGAGAAUUCUGCGAUGCUAUUUUUAAUAACGUAUUAAAGUUGGCCAAAGACUGGAAGGCAACAAGAGUUGACUUUGUUGCGGAUAGAUACCUUCCCACAAGUAUCAAGGAAUCGGAAAGGAACAGAAGAUCCGAAAACACUGGAAUUCAGAAAAUUCGUGUAUUCGACAAAAACCAACAUGUUCCAAAGCAGUGGAAAAAGUUUCUUGCUCUGGGCGAAAACAAAGAGUCUUUGAUCCAGUUUCUUUGUGAACACUGGGGCAAUUACGUAUCAUCUUGUCUCGGACAUCUGUCAUCGUUGUAUGUAACGUCGAAGGAUAAAUGCUAUUGCAUUACUCGAGCUAGAUCAGAUGAGGAUAAAGUGGAAUGCAAUGAAAUGUAUGAAUUGGAGUGUAAUCACGAGGAAGCUGACACUCGGCUCUUACUACAUGCAAAUCAUGCUAAAGAAACCAACGAAAGAAUCAUAAUCAAAAGCCCAGAUACAGACGUUUUUGUGUUGUCGAUCGCCAUGCAACGAAUUAUUAACAAAGAAAUAUGCUUCAUGACUGGAACAGGAAAUAACUUCCGCUUGAUUUCUAUACAAACUAUUGUAGAAGAAAGUGAUGAAAAUCUUAGUCAAAGCUUGCUAGGUUUCCAUGCCUUUACUGGAUGUGACACCACCAGUUCUUUUUAUGGAAAGGGCAAAAAGACAGCGUGGAACAUUCUUCUACGUAACCACAAAUAUUUGAACUCAUUUAGUUCCUUAGGAAGUGCAUUUCCCCCGUCAGAAGAACUUGUGUUUCAACUAAAUAGAUUUGUUUGUUUAUUGUACGGUGACAAGGAUUCUGAGGACGUCAACAAAUGUCGGCUCUCAUUGUUCAAGGCAGGAAAAUGUUCAGAUGAGCAACUACCACCAACUUGUGACAGUUUGCUGCAACAUAUUCGUCGGUCAAACUACCAAGCGGCGAUUUGGCGUUCCUGUUUACAACCUCAAAUGGAUAUUCCUCCUCCGGAUGAAAAUGGGUGGAAAACAAUUGACGGGAAACUGCAAAUCGUAUGGAUGACCAUUCCCCCAGCGCCGGAUUCCCUACUUGAUAAUGUUAAUUGUGGAUGUAAGACUGGCUGCAACUCACAACGUUGCUCAUGUAAUAAAGCAGGAGUGAAGUGCACAGAUGUAUGCUCUUGUACUGCAUGCACGAAUGUCGAUAUUGAUGACAACGAUGUUGAGGAAGAGGAGUUUUUAGACGAUGACAUGGACGACGAAUUCGAGGCAGACCUUUAGAAAAAGCGCGCGCUUGUCACCGCCCUUGAAUGACGACUAGCGUUGCGUUUAAUCUGUGCGCAGCUUCAGACUACUCUGUCGACUGUAUCGAGGGUAGCAUAUGAAAUAAUACCAGAAGCUCACCAACUGAAGAAUGAAUU